UGUGUGUACACACGCGCACGUACAUGUGACGUCACAGCUAUUCUGUCACAUGAUACAGUGCUCACCAUGGCGGCUGACAACCUACCAUCCGAAUUUGAUGUUAUCAUACUCGGGACAGGCCUGUCUGAGUCUGUUAUUGCAGCGGCAUGCUCCCGUGUUGGACAGAGGGUCUUGCACGUUGACAGGAGAAACUACUAUGCUGGAAACUGGGCCAGUUUCACAUUCAAUGGACUGCUGUCCUGGAUCGAGGAGUACAAACAGGCUGGCCAGAGUGAGGAGGCUAUACGGGAGGACUGGAAGGAGAAGCUGGAGGAGGGAGAGGAGGCCCUGGCGCUCAGCUCUAUGGACACAUCCAUCUCCAACCUGGAAGUAUUCUGCUACGCCAGUGAGGAACCUGAGGAGGAGGAGGUGAAUGAGGCUGCGGCUGCAGCCUGGUCCGUCCCUCAAACACCAGACUCAGAGGGGGAGGUAGAGAGGUGUCUGCUCGAGAGCAGUUCUGUGGAGGAGGAAGAGCCAGUGGUGGCCGGUGAUGAGGCGUCUCCAGCCUCUAGACCUGAUGCUGGGGCAGAGCAGACCCAACCGGAGGGGCAGGAGAGAGAGAUGCCCAGCCAGACAGAGGAGACUCAGGGGGAGGCGCAGCAGGCCAGCCCCUCUCCAGCUGAGAGGCAACCAGAGCCCAAGAAAAAGAUCACCUAUACCAAGAUUGUUAAGGAGGGACGGAGGUUCAACAUUGACCUUGUGUCUAAGCUUAUGUUCUCUCGUGGCUCACUGGUGGACCUCCUCAUCAAGUCCAACGUCAGCCGAUACGCAGAGUUUAAAAACGUUACCCGCAUCCUCACCUACCGUAACGGGAAGGUGGAACAGGUGCCCUGCUCCAGGGCUGAUGUUUUUGGCAGCAAGCAGCUGACAGUGGUGGAGAAAAGGAUGCUGAUGAAGUUCCUCACCUUUUGCCUGGACUUUGAGCAGCACCAAGAGGAAUACCAGGACUUCUCGGAGCAUUCCUUCUGGGACUUCCUGCAGACCAAGAAGCUGACGGAGAACCUGCAGCAUUUCAUCCUUCACUCCAUUGCCAUGGUGAUCCCGGAGGUGGGCACGGUGGAAGGCCUGAGAGCCACGCAGCACUUCCUGCGUUGUCUGGGGCGCUACGGCAACACGCCUUUCCUGUUCCCCCUCUACGGCCUGGGGGAGAUCCCUCAGUGCUUCUGCAGGAUGUGUGCUGUCUUUGGAGGGAUCUAUUGUCUUCGCCACUCAGUUCAGUGUCUGGUUCUGGACAAGGAGUCCGGCAAGUGCAAAGCUGUGAUUGACACUCAUGGUCAGAGAAUUAGCUGCAGUCACUUUGUGGUGGAGGAUGGCUACAUCGGGGCAGACCAGAGGAAGAACACGGAUUCCAGGCAGAUAUCCAGAGCGGUCCUCAUCACAGACCGGUCAAUUCUGCCAUCCGAUUCUGAACAGCAGAUCUCCCUGGUCACUGUGCCUCCCGUGGAGCCUGGUGGUCCCCUGGUCCGUAUCAUAGAGCUCUGCUCUUCCACCAUGACCUGCAUGCUAGACACCUAUCUGGUGCACCUGACAUGUUCCUCUGCCUCUGGCUCCGCCCAAGAAGACCUAGCUCCUGUGGUGUCCAGGCUCUUCCACACACCAGCUAGUCCUGGAGAGGAACCUGCAGAAGGAGAGGAGGAGAGCAGGGGACCGACGGUGCUGUGGGCCCUGUACUUCAACAUGAGGGACACUUCUGCUGUGGACAGGAGCAGUUAUGACCUGCCCAGUAACGUACAUGUGUGUGCCAGCCCUGAUACCGCCCUGGGCAGUGACCACUCCAUCAAACUGGCCGAGGCAGUGUUCCGCCAGCUUCUCCCUGACGAGGAGUUCUGCCCCCCGGCCCCCAACCCCGAGGACAUCAUCUACGAUGGGGAUGGGCCCCAGGGGGAGGGCCCGGGCUUUGAGGAGGCUGCACCAGCAGAGGGUGCUGGUGCCCAAGGAGGAGAGAGCACUGGGAGGCAGGAGGGAAAGGAAGCAGUGGGAGCAACGAAGGGGGCGGGAGACUCCGUAACACCGGAAACUGGGGCUGGGGAUGAGCCGAGCCCCACCAGCGAUGAAUAGCCCCACGCACCCCCCUCCGUGUACAAACAGACUGCUGCCUUCUGCCUCAGAGUCCUGGCAUGCACAGCAGUCAGUCAGCACUCCUCUGAAGGCAUAGCUGGACUCUGUGGUCUUGGUAACCACAUAGCGUUCUCAUCCCAGAAAGCCUUAGAGGGAUCAUCUUCACCAUCCUUGAUGUGGUCACCUGCAGAGACAUUUAUAUAUAUACAUAUAUACAGUAUUUACAUUGAUAUGCACAGUAUAUUAAUGGAGUCAUUUCUUUACUGGGCACUAUAUAGCAGCCUGCUCACUGUAUUUUUCCUCUCACCUGAGGUUGAUGUAAAGGUUCGUCUGAGUGUGUGGGGGGGGGGCUGUUCUUUCUAAAAGCCGUUGCAUUGUGAUGUGUGUUCUUAAUCAGGGUCUCUGGCGUAGAGCCCAAAGAAAUGGUUGCCUUUUUCCUUUUUGCACUCACGUUAAGAGUUUCGCUCAGCCAGAGAGGACGUGAUGCUGUUUUGUUUCCCGCCUCUUGUGUAUGUCUGGAAUGGGUUUUCUGGGCGUUUUUAAGGCCUUACAGGAAGUAUGAGACGCCUCAUCCUCAAUAAGAACCCCCCGAAACACUGGGCAGGGAUAGCCUCGCAACGCAACUUGCAUGUUUUCACACACACUGCUGCGCCAUCCAAUUGUACUCGAACCCCACGUCUCUUUUAAUGUGCUUAAGUAUUUCAACUCUGUUCUCUCAUGUGUAUUGUCGCUGUCACUAUCCUUUUUAAAAGGUUGACAACCAUUAAAGUGCUACCGAACAACG